CCCCUCCUCUGGACGAAGGCCUCAAAUCCCUGGCCUCACCCCCUUGUUCCUCCUCAUCUGGCUCUGCCCUCGCCUCGCUCUCCCUUCCUCCUUCCUCCACAGACCCCUCCUCCUCUUCCUCCUCUUCUGUUUCUUCCUCCUCGGCCAACAAGCUGCCACCGCUGCCUCCUCCCCCUUCUGCUGCCCCCACCCUCCCCUGGAGUCUGCAGACAGGAGUGGACUGCACGGCCGGAGGAGUUUUAGCAUUGACAGCUCUGCUGUUUAAGAUGGAAGAGGCCAAUAUCGCAAGUAGAGCCAAAGCCCAGGAGUUCAUCCAUGCUACCAGCCAGAUUCUCUCCCAAACCAAUCAGAACCAUUCAUCGCAGCAUGCCCCUUCCUCUUCUUCCUCCUCCCAGGUUCCUCCUUCCCCUGGCCCCACCCCUGCCCAGUUCAUCCUGCACAGCGCUCUCCCAUUGGUGGGCUGCACCAAAACCCCGCCCAGCCACCUGCACCUUGGCAUGUCUUUGGGUGGCGGCUGUGCCCAGACCCCGCCCCCACCCAUGCCCUCUGGGUUCUUGGGAGGGUCCGGAGACUCCAGUGAUAUAGGCUGGGACAACGAGAGCAAGGACCCUGACAAGUACCUGAAGAAGCUCCACACUCAGGAGCGUGCGGUGGAGGAGGUGAAGCUGGCUAUUAAGCCUUACUACCAGCGUAAAGACAUCAACAAGGACGACUACAAGGACAUCCUGAGGAAGGCAGUGCACAAGAUCUGCCACAGUCGAAAGGGAGAGAUCAACCCGGUCAAGGUGAGCAACCUGGUCAAGCUUUAUGUUCAGAGGUACAAGUACUUCAGGAAGCACGGUCGAAAGAUGGAUGAGGAAGUGAGGGAGGACAGAGAGAUGGAUUCCUCCUAUUGAUUGGACCAGGGGUCGCUCUCACCCUACUCCCAUUGGUUCUGCUGCCCACUCUUUGCACGUGACUGGGCCCACUGAGGCCGUAGAGUGACAUUUGUUUUAUUCACCUCCCUAUUUGCUGUCCCCAUGUAAACUCGUAACCACCCCCCGCCCCCUCUCUCGUCUCCUGUGUGUCUUGCUGUACAGAAAUAUUGAGUAGAUAUCUGCAAAAUAUACACACGCAGUAUAUGAAUAAAAAAAACUACAAUGUUAUGGGAGCGAUGCAGAACACACAUGCAUACACACUUACACGUGCGCGCACACAUACUGUACAUACUGUAAGUACACUACACUGACUCUCCUUUCUCUCUGUGUGGUAUAAACCUGUCAAAUAGUCAGGUUGUUGGUCGGCUGGUUUAAAUAUAGAGAUUUGACACUUGA